GCCAUGGUAUUAUAUACGCCGCCGCUCCGGAAAGAGGGAACCGAGCUGCUUUCACCCACCUGCCAUUAUCAUCUCGCUCCCCUUCGCUUCGCUCUCCUUGCAUCUCGCCGGCCAGCCGUGUGCUGCUCUCUGCCUCUGCGCGUGCGCCCACAGGCCAAAAGCCUUUCCGCAGCCUCCGCUGUGCGCAUUGGAGCGGCGGCGCCGGGGGGAAUUGAUCCAUGGCGGGCCUCGGGUUCGAGGAGACCGAGCUCCGGCUCGGCCUGCCCGGCGGCGGGAGCGACGCCGCGGCCGCGAGGAAGCGGGGCUUCGAGGAGACCAUCGACCUCAAGCUGAAGCUGGAGCAGCCGGCGUCGUCGGCCGCGGCGCGUGAAGCAGAGGAGGACGAUGAGGCCGAGGAGGAGGCAGCGGCGGCCGAUGUCGUCGCCGCCGCGUCGCCGGCAGCGUCCGCCGCCACCGGCGGAGGUAACAAUAUGAAGAGGUCGCCGAGCCAGAGCAGCGUGCUCACCGCCGCCGACGCGCAGCCGGACCCCGAGAAGCCUCGCGCGCCCAAGGCGCAUGCGGUGGGGUGGCCGCCCGUCCGGUCGUCGCGCAAGAACAUCCUCUCCGUGAUGAAAGGCGGCGGCGGCAAGGACGACGGCAAGUCCGGCGGCUGCGCGGCGCCGGCGUUCGUGAAGGUGAGCAUGGAUGGCGCGCCGUACCUGCGCAAGGUGGACCUGAGGACGUACGGGAGCUACCAGGAGCUGUCCAAGGCGCUCGAGAAGAUGUUCAGCUCCUUCACCAUCGGCAGCUGCGGCGGGUCGCAGGGGAUGAAGGGCAUGAACGAGACCAAGCUGGCGGACCUGCUCAGCGGCUCCGAGUACGUGCCCACCUACGAGGACAAGGACGGCGACUGGAUGCUCGUCGGCGACGUGCCCUGGGAGAUGUUCGUGGAGUCGUGCAAGCGCCUCCGGAUCGUGAAAGGAUUGGAAGCCGUCGGUCUCGCGCCGAGGGCGAUGGAGAAUUGCAAGAACAGUUGCUAAGGAAGGCACAUCGCAAGCGUCCGGCCGGUAUUAACUGCAAAGGAUGAUGGAUACGCUUCUCUGCUCAGCUCAUCAUAUUAUUAAUGUUGUUGAUCGAGUUUACUGCCCUGAAAGCCUGUGCCAUCAACCAUCAUCUCAGUUAAGGCGUCUUCAUGUAUUUUAGUGUGUGUUUUUUUUCGUUCUUUUAGGUUUAGGAACUGCAUGCAUGUAUUGUUGUUGUGGUUAAGUUCCAUCUUGUUAUAUGAAGUACACACACACACACACACACGUAACAAAGAUGGUGUCUUUAUUGAUCGGCAUGCGCUUUUUGCA